AUGCGAAAAGCUGGUGAAGUAACGUUUGCCGAUUGUCAUAAAGACCGCGAUGGGGAAGGUGUGGUUGAGUUUUCCUCAUAUGAAGAUAUGAAAAAUGCUAUCAGAAAACUUGACGAUACUGAAUUGAAGGGCAAACGAAUUAUUCUUCGAGAAGCUCCGACACCACCUGCUAAUGGAAAAGAACAUAGCUCUCGUUCUCCUUCGCCUCGCCGUGGCCGUGAAGAUUCUCGCAGUCCUAAAAGAAGCAGAUCCAGAAGUGGUGAACGAAACGAUGAUGACAA